CUCCAACCUGGCGGGCCAUAUAGUUCCUGCGCCUUUGCUUACCAAAACAAUAAAAAAUGACCGAUUAAUUUGAGCGAAAAAAAGCACUUAUUUUGUUUCUAGUCCUAGGAAAGGGAGCAUAAACUUCCGAACCUAUACCAGUAUGUCGUUUGUAGUGGGAAGGUUUCUGUGCCACCGUAAAGUAUCUCGGUUAUUUAAACAAAUCAUUCAAUCUCCCCUGAGCCCAUCGAGCAUUGCAUCACAGACCUUUGGUUCGGGCGGACAGCGCGGUCUUUUGAACCUAAGGCUCCUGAGCUCAACGGCGAUCGGCAAAGCACAGCAGAAGGAGGAACACUGCAAUGUGGGUACUAUCGGCCAUGUGGAUCACGGCAAAACGACGCUCACCGCUGCCAUCACCAAGGUGCUUUCGAAGGAUGGCAACACAAGCUUCAUUUCCUACGACCAGAUUGAUCGAGCGCCGGAGGAAAAGGCAAGAGGCAUAACGAUCAAUGCGGCCCACAUCGGGUACAAGACGAGCAAGCGACACUAUGCCCACACGGACUGUCCGGGCCAUGCGGAUUACGUGAAGAACAUGAUAUCCGGAGCGUCUCAGAUGGACGGAGCUAUACUAGUCGUAGCGGCUACCGACGGACAAAUGCCGCAAACGCGCGAACAUUUACUGCUGGCCCGGCAGGUUGGCGUUAGCAAAAUCGUCGUGUUCAUUAACAAAGCCGACCAGGUAGAUAACGAAGUGCUGGAAUUGGUCGAGAUCGAGCUGCGGGAACUGUUGAGCGAUUUUGGCUUCGACGGAGUGGAGAGCCCCAUCAUCGUCGGCUCGGCACUGCUCGCACUGCAGGGCGAUCAGUCGGAGCUGGGCGAACCGUCGAUACGCAAGCUGCUGGACGCGAUCGAUUCGUACAUUCCCACGCCAACGAGAGACCUGACGUCGCCGUUUCUGCUGCCGAUCGAUAACGCAUUUACCGUCCCGGGCCGGGGUACGGUUGUCGUCGGCACGCUAGCACGUGGCACGAUGCGGAAAAACGAUGAAGCGGAGCUGCUGGGUUUCGACGAGGAAAUGCGCACCACGAUCGGUGGCAUGCAGGUGUUCAAGAAGGACGUUAGCGAAGCGAAGGCGGGUGAUAACAUUGGAGCGCUGUUGCGGGGCGUUAAGCUCCAGUCCGUGCAGCGGGGCAUGCUGCUGUGCGCUGCGGGCAGCGAGCGCGUCUCCAAUCACUUCGAAGCGUCCAUGUAUCUGCUGGCCAAAAACGAGGGCGGUCGAUCCAAACCGCUGACGUCGAAGUACAUCCAGCAGCUGUUCAGCAAAACGUGGAACGUGCCUUGCCGGGUGGAUCUGGUCGGGCUGGACAUGCUGAUGCCCGGCGAUCAUGGUGCGAUCAAGCUAACGCUACUCAGGAAAAUGGUCAUGUCCUGCGGGCAGUCUUUCACUGUGCGGGAGAAUGGUAAAACCGUGGCGACGGGUCUAGUAACAAAGGUGCUGAAUUCCGUCAAUCUGCCGCAGAAGAAGCUUAUCAAGCUGGAGCUAGAAAACUGUUAGGGUCGAGCCGAAGCCUGUAGGGUAGCAGCAAAAAUAAAAGUCUGUUCAAUGAA